GGAAGAGAAGUUGAGUCCGGGCGAGCUCGGGCAGCGCCGCCAGAGCCGAGCGAGCCGCGGGCGAGCGCCGCGUCUCCUCCGCAGGGAGCCCGCCGGCCGGGGCUCUGCCUGGACCAUGCCGAUCCUCCUCUUCCUCAUAGACACGUCCGCCUCCAUGAACCAGCGGGCGUACCUGGGCACCAGCUACCUGGACAUCGCCAAGGGCGCCGUGGAGAUCUUCAUGAAGCUGCGGGCCCGGGACCCCGCCAGCCGCGGCGACAGGUACAUGCUGGUUACGUUCGACGAGCCGCCCUACUGCAUUAAGGCUGGAUGGAAGGAAAACCAUGCAACAUUCAUGAAUGAACUGAAAAACCUUCAGGCUUCAGGACUAACAACUCUUGGUCAGGCACUCAGGUCAUCGUUUGACUUGUUAAAUCUCAAUAGAUUAGUGUCUGGAAUAGACAACUAUGGACAGGGAAGGAAUCCGUUCUUUUUGGAGCCAUCUAUUUUGAUUACCAUCACAGAUGGAAACAAACUGACAAAUACAGCUGGAGUCCAAGAGGAGCUUCAUCUUCCGUUGAAUUCUCCUUUGCCUGGAAGUGAACUUACCAAAGAACCAUUCCGCUGGGAUCAAAGGCUGUUUGCUCUGGUGCUGCGUCUGCCAGGAGCUGCAUCUGCUGAGCCAGAGCAGCUUGGGAGUGUGCCUACUGAUGAAUCUGCUAUCACACAGAUGUGUGAGGUCACAGGAGGUCGUUCGUACUGCGUCCGGACACAAAGAAUGUUGAAUCAGUGUUUAGAAUCUUUAGUUCAAAAAGUCCAAAGUGGAGUUGUUAUUAACUUUGAGAAGUCAGGACCAGACCCAGCUCCUAUUGGAGAAGAUGGACUUGUUGAUUCAUCCAGGCCCAUCAAUUCAUUUGCUUCUCAGCCGUGGCAUAGUUGUCAUAAACUCAUUUAUGUACGGCCUAACCCUAAAACGGGUGUUCCUGUGGGGCAUUGGCCAAUCCCAGAAUCUUUUUGGCCUGAUCAGAAUUCACCAACACUGCCUCCACGCACAGCUCACCCUGUGGUGAGGUUCUCCUGUGUGGAUUGUGAGCCCAUGGUCAUAGACAAGCUUCCUUUUGACAAGUAUGAGCUUGAGCCUUCACCCCUCACCCAGUACAUCUUGGAACGAAAGUCUCCCCAUACCUGCUGGCAGGUAUUUGUGAGUAGCAGUGGAAAAUACAGCGAGCUCGGCCACCCGUUUGGGUAUUUAAAAGCAAGCACUACUUUAACCUGUGUAAACCUCUUUGUGAUGCCUUACAACUACCCUGUUUUACUUCCAUUGCUAGAUGACUUGUUUAAGGUUCACAAACUUAAGCCAAAUCUGAAGUGGCGACAGGCUUUUGACAACUACUUAAAAACAAUGCCUCCUUACUACUUACUGCCAUUAAAGAAAGCCCUAAGGAUGAUGGGAGCUCCAAAUCUGAUAUCAGAUAAUUUAGAUUGUGGACUUAGUUACAGUGUUAUCUCUUACCUUAAAAAACUCAGCCAACAGACAAAAAUAGAAUCGGAACGGAUAAUAGGUUCAGUGGGUAAGAAAGUUCCACAAGAAAUUGGAAUAAAAGUGAAAAAUCACUCCAGUGGCCUCUCCUUGGUACACAGUAGGGAUUUUAAACAACUGCUGCAAGGGAUCACUGGGGAAUCUCCUCUGAGACUGUCAGAAAUGAAUGUUAAAGAAUUUGCUGGAUUCCACAUAGGACUUUUAAACAAGGAUUUGAAGCCACAGGCAUUCAGAAAUGCAUAUGAUAUUCCUCGUCGCAGUCUUCUAGACCAGCUAACUAGAAUGAGAACCAAUCUUCUGAAAACACACAGGCUUAUCUUGGGGCAGGAUGAAGACUGCCUUCAUAGUGUUCCUGUUGCUCAGAUGGGAAAUUACCAGGAAUACCUGAAAAUGAUGCCUUCACCUCUUCGGGAAAUUGACCCAGAUCAACCAAAAAGACUCCAUACAUUUGGCAAUCCAUUUAAACAGGACAAGAAGGGUAUGAUGAUAGAUGAAGCUGACGAGUUUGUGGCUGGGCCCCAGAACAAGAUCAAGCGUCCCGGGGAGCCGAACACGCCGGCGUCGCUGAAGCGGCGGCGCAGCAUGUCCCCCCUGCUGCGGCGCCCGCAGGCACCGCCCGUCGUCACCAACCACGUGGGUGGCAAGGGGCCACCCGCUGCUCCUGGCUCCCCCUCCUACCUGAGCCUCAAGGGGGUCCCAGCAAGUAAAGAUACCAGUAACAGUGUUGUCCAAGAUGGCAACGGAGAGAAGAAAGCAGAAAAUUGUCAGUCAAUGGAGAAGCAAAUUGAUGGCUUACCUGUGCAAAUGGCUCCUGUGGUUCCAGCUGCUGUGGGAGAGGAUGAGAUGUUACCCAAUGACUUAGACUCCUUGCCUGUUGAAUUCAAUUGUUUAAGUGAAGAUGGGCUGGAUCAUAAACCUGGUACCAACGCACUCGUUCGAGGGCCUGUGAAUUACAGUGUGAGCGGAGAUGACCAAAAGCGGGCCAUGGAGUCUACUUCUGAAUCUGUGCCAAAUUCCUUUAAAAUAACACCUACCAUGUUGGAGGGAAGCAAUGCUGACAUCAAAAUUAAGGUGAUGAAAGAGGUUCGCAAACCUGGAAGAAAUUAUGAAAAAAUAUUUUCUCUUCUUGAGGAGGUGCAAGGACCUAUGGAAAUUCAGAAGUAUUUCAUUGAAUUUGCUAUCAAGGAAGCAGCAAGGUUUAAAAAACGGGUCUUAAUACAACACUUAGAGAGAAUACUAGAGGAACUAGAUUUCACCAGCCCACCCACCAGAGUUAAUCAUGUCAACAGCAGAUAAUAAUGAACCUGCCAGAGGAAUGCGGACCAGGAAAGAGUUUGCUGUGCCACAGAAGAGUGGAAGAGGACGUAGCUGCUGCCCUCACCAUCUCAGCAGUCAAGUGAUUUUACUGUCACAGUCUGAGAAGAAGCAGUGGAGCUUUAACUUUAAGAGCCUGAUUCGGCAGAAGCUGGGCUAUAACCUUAAGGAUUUGCUAUGAAAGGUGUGGCUUUUUCCUGUGGAGGGUGCUCUUUGCUCAACAGGCAAGAAGAUAACCAUUGCUGCCCCUCCUGCAGGUGAUGAGAAUUUACUCAUUUGAACGCUGUCAUUAGACAUUUACGUGCUAUAGGCAGCAGGUUGCACUAAAAUGGGGCACUGUCAAAUGCACACACUGUCUGCAUCGUGGAGAGAGCCCGUGUGUUCCCAAAAAAAACCCUCCCAGAAACACCUGCACUGGUAAAAUUGCAUGUUGCCACCACAGAGACAAGGGUCUUGUUCCCAAGAACUGCUAGCCAUGCCUUUAAACUUGAGAUUCAGUGUAGAUUGAGAGUAAAGAAACUGCUAUUGUGUUAAUGAAAGCUAAAGACAGCCCUGUGACUGUUACCACCUGAUGGUCACUAAACAAUCUACCUCAGACUCUCUUCUGUUUUGUCUGCAGACAUUAUGAAAGUGCACCUGAGGCUUCCCAGGUCCCCGACUUCAGUUCUCUUUCAUCCUGUGAGGAGGACGGAGAUUCUUCAGGUGGCCUUGGCACACGCUGUGCUUUGGAAGCACUAAAAGGAAACGCUUUUAAAAACGUGUAUUUUAAUGUUCAUACAAAAGAGAUUAUUUUGAACAGUAUUGUUACCAGAUCACUAAUUUGAUAUUUUAACUGUAUAAAUUUUUUGGAACAUAUGUAUAUAUAAAAUAAACCAUUUUAUUAAUUUUUAAGAA